AUGGACAAAGGUCUCUUCAGUGACUCCCUACAUUUCUCCAACGGUCCUAUCACUCAUCAUCUCACCAGCUCACAAAAAAGGGCCAACCAGUGGUGCAGAUGGUCGCAAGAUGUCAUUCCUUCCUGUCUUAUACCAUACCUAUCCUACAUUCAGCUAACUUCAGCACUAUGUUAUACCAACAUGCCAGGACAACCUCAGCAAGAUCUUGGAGUUUGCAGAGCUGGAUGUAAGACUUGGAGCAUUACAGUUGCAUGCGUGCACUUCAACUUAUUGAAAGAAAUCGACAUCAUUGCAUGCCCUUGUUUCCCUGCCCCCCUCCAGCUCCUCUGUUGUGGUCUGUUUCCAUGUGCUCCUGUUGCUCCCUCACUCGCAGUGGACUUGCACAUUUUAGAGUUCAUCCGUCUGCUCUUUGUAUGCCAGUCUCCCAACCAAACUGCAUGGUGCAAUGCGGUGGAAACUUUUCUAGAUGGAAUGGGAUACAAGCUGUUGUGCGAGAAUAACUUGUGUCAUUGUUUUGGCAAUGCUUUUCACUGGUACCGAGUACUGACCAUCAUGGCUCACAAUCACAUUUCCACUCUCAUCACCGACAUUCAAAAGGGCCAGGCACAUCUCCCACCAAUCGAUAAACCCAGUGAAUACCUUCAUUCUCAUUGUCUGCUUUGUUUUGGAGGAAAUACUUACCAUGGAUCAGAUUCUCAUUCUAUCCCAGACAUUAUUGUUUGCAUAGAUGCUUGUUUUACCCAAAAACAUUCAACUAAUCCUUGCAGUGCUGACACUAUUGACCCUCCUAAUCCAACUCCAACAUUCUUUCUAUCGGGCGACAAUGUCAAAGCGAUGGAGGAUUUCAUACAGAGUUGUCGUGGAGAGAGAUGUCGAGUACGGGUCUCUAGAGCGGAAGGUAACAAGGAUCACUAUGAAGAAGGGAUGCAUGUGCCAGUGUCUGUGUUGAACAGAUGCAGAGAAUCCUUUGUAGCUGCAGAUGAAAAGCGUGAAAAGGCAAGCACUUGUUUUUUUACUGACACAGGCCUGAUGGCCCUGCUAUGUAGACAUGACCAUUGGAAAUUCCUGGACAACAACACUCUAUCAUGCAUAUCCUUUGCCAUUGUGGUAUUCCAUGCAUAUGGCCACCAAUGGCCCUGUCAAAUUGUCUAUCACCCAAGGAAGUGCGAGGGUUUUGGGCUGUCUGAUGGUGAGGGUUGUGAACAACUGUGGAGUUCACUUAAGCAACUCAUCCCAUUGUUACAGGUUUCUGGAUUCUAUCAACAUCUUUUCGUCCUCGAUGUUCAGGUUCGCCACCUGGACACAAAAUCCAUCCAAGGCUAUGGGCAUUGGCUUCACUGGCAAUGGAUCCAUUGCCAGAUGAAGAAGAACAUGGCUCUGGACAGUUUACUCGACUUAGACAUCAACAAAGAUAUGCUUCGGCAAUCCAAAAACAAAGUGGUGGAGGUCAUUAUAACUAUCCUUGCACUGGAGAAGACCCUGGAUGCUUAUGAGACUUCUGUCCAUGAGCUAGAAAUGCAGCUUUAUCUCUCCAACACUCGGUCACAAUGUGCCAAAACCACUGAUACCCUUCAAUGUCAUAAAGCUGCUCUUGAAAUGCAAGCAAAGGCCAAUCUUAAGAAGAUGAAGAACAAUACUUAUCUGACAGUCUGCUUGAAUGCUCUUAAUUUGGAACACAAGAUUCGCGCAAGCACCCAGUACUCUAUCAAACACCAAGAACCCAGGGUUCUCAAAUUGGUCUCCACUUACAACGGCCUAUGUGCUCAGUUGUGGUCUCUGAUAUGCCAGCAGAGAGCUCCCCCUUCUGCUGUUCCACCUCGCCCUAUUAUACACAAGGGCAUCUUUCUACUUGACAUCAAUGAUGAGAUCUGGCAAGAUAUUGGCCUGGACGAAGACAGUAUAAACCCACUGGCAUGGUUAUCGGAUGAGGCCACCAGGUCUGGUAUUCAUUUACAGCUUGAAGUGGAUCAGUGCAUCGAAGAAGAAACUCGUUUGAUGCGAGAGCGGACCAUCAUGCAGGAGUGGAUGUUUGCAGAGUGGGAGGCCAUACAAACUGUGUUGAGGGCUGCGGUUGAUGAUCUUGUAGUGUCAUUCCACAUGUGGGCCCGCACAGACAAACUUCUUCACAUUUGCGUCAUCUGGAAGAAGAAAGUUCAAGAGAUCCCUUGCACAUGGCCAGUUGAGAGUUGGGGUCCUCAAAAUGAAGAUUUACUUCGAGCUGCUUGA